UGGGGGCGGGGAGCCAAGCCACCUGGGGCAGUCGGCCAAGGGCUGCCGCCACCCGCCCCUCCCUCAGCCUCCGCUGGGGCUGUUUACCUUCGCCUCUCCUCUUUCCUCUUUCACUUUUCUUUUCGUUGGGAGUUGGGACUCCCUGGGUUCCAGGCGUCCAGGGGAACCCCAGCUGAUUCGUUCUCGGCCGCAGGGGCCCGACGCCCGGGAAGGGAGCCGGACGACCGCGCCCACCCCGCCGCGCUGCCCGCCGCCCCCGACUCUGUAGCCCGGACUCGAUGGAGAAUCCAUUCCUACAUAUGGUCAUGUGGUUCUAUAAAACAAUGUCCCGUCAUGUGCUAUGUUGGUGACGUCACAGGAAGCAAAGAAGUCAGUGUUAGAAGAUAGCAAACGUACAGGAGGUCAUGAAGUAUUCUGGAUGGAUGGCUGCUGGAAACCCAAUGCCUUAGCCAGCUCUUCUUCAAUACUUAAGGAUUUACUCUGGCAUUGAGUAAUGAGAAUUUUGAAACCAUAUUUGAGAAGUACUUCCAUCCAGUGCUACUUGUGUUUACUUCUGAACAGUCAUUUUUUAACUGAGGCUGGCAUUCAUGUCUUCAUUUUAGGUUGUAUCAGUGCAGGUCUUCCUAAAACAGAAGCAAACUGGCAGCAUGUAAUAAGUGAUUUGAAAAGAAUUGAAGAUCUUAUUCAAUCUAUACAUAUGGAUGCCACUUUAUAUACUGAAAGCAAUGCUCAUCCCAGUUGCAAAGUAACAGCGAUGAAAUGCUUUCUCCUGGAGUUACAUGUCAUUAUGCAUGAGUCCAGAAAUUCAGACAUUAACGAUACGGUAGAAAACCUUAUCAUCCUAGCAAACAGCAGUUUAUCUUCCACUGAGUAUAAAACUGAAUCGGGAUGCAAAGAAUGUGAGGAGCUGGAGGAAAAAAGUAUUAAAGAGUUUUUGAAGAGUUUUGUACAUAUUGUGCAAAUGUUCAUCAACCCUUCUUGAUUGCAGCUGAUCCUUUUCAGCAUUUCUAUUAUUAACAAACAGCUCCCCGCUGCUUAGAGGCAACAACGAAACACUCAGCAUUUCAAAUGUGCUGCCGAAAUAAAUUCUUCUGGCAAGAGGAUGAUCGGGAUCUUUGAUCAGAUGAACUCACAGAAAUGAAGGCCGAACAAUGGCAUUGAGUACCAUGGUGUCUAUGAACGGAGGACUUAUUUUAUUCAUUUAUUUUUAAUUUAUUAUUGAGAUUGUACAUAUUUGUAGCAUAAUGUAAAAUGUUGAAUAAAAUUGUGUACAUAUUUUAUCUUUUGAAA